GCUUGUUCUCGCGAGAUUUUUCCCGCGUUGCGUACGGCCGUAGUCGUACUUAUUGAAAUUGUUUUUGUUUUUUUGGUGUGUGUAGUUUUCAAUUUGUAAACUUGUUAGGUUCUAAUUCAGUUAAACCAAAGCAUUAAUUGUGGAAGCCUAUGCUACGAUGCCGGCAACAGAUUACGCAGCUGAAAAGGACAAAAUCAAAUCAUUUUUGAGAGACUUCUACACAGACACUGGCUCUGAUAAAGGAGAUACUUCAAAGGACUUCAAAUAUGCAUCCCAGUUGGUGAAGGUCGCUCACAGAGAGCAGGUAGGGAUCACCGUAGAUCUAGAUGAUGUUGCUGACGUUGAGCCGGAUCUUGCCGCCGCCGUGGUGGAGAACACGAGACGCUACGUGUCGCUGUUUGGCGACUCCAUCCACGAGCUGCUGCCAGAGUUCAAAGAGCACGAGAUUGUAGCCAAAGACGCAUUGGACGUAUAUAUCGAGCAUCGUCUGCUAAUGGAGACAAGAAUACGAAACCACGACGGAGAAGUGCGAGAUCCCAGGAACCGCUUCCCGGCCGAGCUCAUACGCAGAUUCGAGGUGUCGUUCAAGGCGCAGGGCCGCGAGAAACACAUGGCCAUCCGCGACGUGAAGGCCGAGCACAUCGGCCAGCUCGUCUGCGUCAAGGGCAUCGUGACGCGCUGCACGGAGGUGAAGCCGAUGAUGCAGGUGGCGACGUACACGUGCGAUCAGUGCGGCGCCGAGACGUACCAGCCCAUUUCUGCACCCACUUUCAUGCCUCUCAUCAUGUGCCCCAGUGAAGACUGCACUGUCAACAAAUCUGGUGGAAGGCUUUACCUACAAACUAGAGGCAGCAAGUUCGUCAAGUUUCAAGAACUCAAAAUCCAGGAGCACAAUGACCAGGUUCCGGUCGGGAGCAUUCCGCGCUCAAUGACCGUCUUCCUGAAGGGCGAGUGUACACGCAUGGCAUCCCCUGGUGACCACAUCAGCAUAACGGGAGUGUUUCUGCCGAUGAUGAAAGUUGGAUUCAAGCAGAUGCAGCAAGGAUUGUUGUCCGAGACGUUCCUAGAAGCUCACCGAAUAGUGAAGAUGAACAAGACAGAGAAUGAUGAGCUAGGAGCGGAGGAGCUCACUGAAGAAGAGAUCAAACAAGUAGCAGAGGACGACUUCUAUGACAAGCUUGCUUCUAGCAUCGCACCUGAGAUAUAUGGGCAUGAGGACAUCAAGAAAGCCUUGCUGCUUCUCCUGGUAGGGGGCGUUGAUCGCUCACCUAAAGGAAUGAAGAUCAGAGGUUCGAUCAACAUCUGUCUGAUGGGAGACCCGGGCGUUGCGAAGAGCCAGCUGCUGUCCUACAUCAACCGCCUCGCGCCGCGCGGCCAGUACACGACGGGCCGCGGUUCGUCCGGCGUCGGCCUUACCGCCGCCGUCAUGAAGGACCCGCUUACGGGAGAGUUCGUGCUGGAAGGGGGCGCUCUCGUGCUCGCGGAUCAGGGUGUCUGCUGUAUAGAUGAGUUUGAUAAGAUGCAGGAUGGGGACAGGACUGCUAUCCACGAAGUUAUGGAGCAACAGACCAUCUCUAUUGCUAAGGCUGGCAUCAUGACGACACUGAAUGCUCGAGUGUCCAUACUGGCAGCGGCUAACCCUGCGUAUGGCCGAUACAACCCGCAGAAGUCUGUCCAGCAUAACAUUCAGUUGCCAGCCGCUCUGCUCUCCAGGUUCGACGUACUCUGGCUCAUUCAGGACAAACCAGACAGGGACAAUGAUCUCAGGCUAGCCCAGCACAUCACCUACGUUCAUCAAUUCGGCGUGCAGCCUCCGACGCAGUUCGAACCACUGGACAUGAAGCUAAUGAGGAGGUACAUCGCCCUAUGUAAGAAGAAGGUGCCCGUGAUCCCCGCGUCGCUGACGGAGUACAUCACAGGCGCAUAUGUGGAGAUGAGGAAGGAGGCUCGCAACAACAAGGACAUGACGUUCACGUCGGCCCGCACGCUGCUCGGCAUUCUCCGUCUGUCAACGGCUCUGGCACGCUUACGACUCGUGGACACCGUCGAGAAGGAAGAUGUUAACGAAGGCAUGCGGCUGAUGGAGAUGUCCAAGGAUUCUCUGAAUGGAACUCCCGAACGGCAGGGAAGAGUGCAAACAGUUACUGACCAAAUAUACUCCGUAAUUCGUGAUAUCAUCCCAGAAAAGGGAGCCAAAUCUUUAAAGAUGGCUGAUGUCAUGGAACGUUGUACUUCAAAGGGUUUCAAGCCAGAUCAGGUGAACGAGUGCAUUGAAGAGUAUGAAGAGCUGAACGUAUGGCAAGUGAACACUGCGAGGACCCGCGUGACCUUCAUCUAAGUUCGUGACUGCGAAUUUGGAAACGCUUCUGUAAAAUACUUUCUCGAUCCAUUCUACAUUUCCCGAAGUUCAGUCUCAUCUCUUUGGCGGUCGUGAACAGUGCGUGACCCGUGGGUGAUGGUGGUCUCUGUAUUCUCUAGCUGAAACGUGUGCGGUUGAGUUAAUCCUCGAAUGUGAGAUGGUGUACUCAUUUACGUUGCAUAACGUGCGACAUGCGUAUCACUACACACUAUGUUUGGCUCUGACCUAAAUGUCUUCCGAGUUGUGUAUAUUAUAAACCAAUCAUCCUUUUUUUUGACAUAACGGUGGUUGCAACUUCAAAACUAACAAGACUAAUAAGAUCAGUGUGUUCUAUUUUAUUAAUGAAGUUGAUGAUUAAUCUCUAUCAUAUAUAGAUGGGGGAAAUACAUCUGCACGUAGUUCAUUGAUCAAAUUUGGGCACAGUUUAUUUAAAAUUGUGUUGCUCUGCCGAACCAUUGUGUACAAAAUCUUUUACAACACUAUUCAUGUUCUCGUGUGAUGUUGCGAUGUCCACUAAUUCUAUUCAUUGUUUGAUACAUUCCUAAUAUCAUGAUUUUACAAUGAGUGUUUACUGUUUUGGAAGGAUUAAUGUGUAAUGUUCAUCACGAUCUAGCUACGUUUUUAAAAUAAAAGGGACAGUAGAAUGAGAUUAGGAUUCGAUAGAUGUGCAAGUAUUAGUCACAAGUAAAAUUUUAUUGAAAAGAUUCAUUAUAGCAACAUUUCAUGUGAAUUGUAUGUUUUCAUGAUUUUCUAUAAUGUGCGUGUAAGAGUAAGUUCAUGAAAAUGUCUCAGAAAACGUAUAGAUAAAAUAACCUCAAACGCAUUUGUUCAGCUAUAUUAUUGACAGCAAGAUAUAUGUAGCAAUGUAUGUAUCCAUACGUCUUGUAUUUUUACAAUUAAAAUGGUUUUUCUUA